AUGGGUUCGCAGCCAGAGCAGGCCCAGAAUGGGGAGGUGGACACUACCAACCUGGGCUUCACGCCGGUUAUCAAGGUUGACGGCCCGUGGACCGUUGACAAGGUCAUAAAAAAAUUGCCUGGAGGUGCGCCCGCCGAGGGUUCAUCCUCGCCGCUGGCCUUCUUCCACAUGCUCGAGCGACUCAAAACUACGAAGCGCGAAGGGUGGCGCCGAUUUGGAAUCACCAGGGGAGAGUCCAUCGCCGACCACAUGUACCGCAUGUCGAUGAUUUCCAUGUUUGCCCCGCCGGCACUGGCCCCGAAGCUCGACCUGCCCAAGUGCGUGAAGAUGUGCCUGAUUCACGACAUGGCCGAGCUGCUGGUCGGCGACAUCACCCCCGUCGACGGAGUGCCCAAGCCCGAGAAGAGCCGGCGCGAGGCCGAUACGAUGGACUUUCUGACCAAGAACCUGCUGCGCAACGUGGCGGGCGGAACGACAGGCGAGGACAUCCGGGCCAUCUGGCAGGAAUACGAGGACUCGGAGACGCUGGACAGCCACUUUGUGCACGACGUCGACAAGAUGGAGCUGCUACUGCAGAUGAUUGAGUACGAGAAGCGCGGCGAGGGCCAGCUGGACCUGGGCGAGUUCGCGUACGUGUCGACCAAGAUGACGCUGCCGGAGAUGAAGGCGUGGGGGCAGGAGGUGCUCAAGGAGCGCGAGGAAUUCUGGGGCGCCAAGAAGCACAUACACGGAGAGCAGGGCGUUGAGGGAGGCGUGCAGGUCGACCUGAGAGACGACUAUUACUCGCGAGACUGA